UUUCUUGAAAUACCUGGAGGAAAUAAAUAGUGCUCCAAGGUGUGUGAGACUUGAUGCUGGAACUGAGAAUAUAUACAUUGAGGGCAUUCAAAAAUCCUUCCGUUGGUACGAUAAUGAUGACAUGUGUGGAGAAAAGAGUUUAUCAAAGGAAGAUCAAUGUCUAACCAGAGAAUUGAACGCUGGUGGAGAACACUGAGAGAGAUGGGCAUCUCCUUCUGGAUAGACUUGUUCAAAGACAUGGAAGACCAAGGGAUGUUCUCAUCAGCAAAUAACGAGCACAUAGAAUGCCUUCGCUUCUGUUUUAUGAAAAUCAUCCAACAAGAACUUGAUCAAAUAAAAACAGAAUGGAAUAACCAUUACAUCAGAGCACAAAGACGCUAUGAUGAUGAUGGAAAUCUCCCAGGAAAACCAGAAAUGAUGUUUUUCCACCCUAAAAUUUUUGGUGCAAUAGAUUAUAAAUUUCCAGUGGAUAUUCAUGACGUGCUAGAGUUUCAAAGACUAUUUCCUAGUCCAAGCUCGACAGGAUGUUGGGAGGACUAUGCAGCAUACUUUGAUCAUUUGCUUUUGGAGGGUGGGAGAAUUGUUCCAAACACCACUGAGAAGGCCAUGGAGGCUUUGAAGUACUUGGUUGAAAAGUUGUAA